UCGGAUCGGGUUAACUUUGGUUUUGCUUCGUUAUUCUCUCGCGGUUCAGCGGGAGUUUCGGCACAGUGCGCGCGCGUUUCGUCGGUUUGAUUGGUUCGAACGUUGUUUGUUUUUAUUGAGUUUUUCGCAGCCUCUGCCCGGGCAACUGGAUACUAGGGGUGUACCCAUGGUGCAAGUGAUUGAUCUGGUAUCGGAUUAUACACACAAGCAUGCAGACUUUGAUGAAGCGGCAGCGCAAUGAAAUUAAGACCUCCGAUACCUAAUCACCUGUUCGACGGGGUUCGAUAUAAAACAGCGUAAUAUGUUAGCGAUUCAGCGGGUUGCGAUACGUGGUGGUUGCGGUAUUAUUCCAAUGGGGUUGCCGAAGUUUAUGGAAUGCAAAAAUUCAGGCAUAUAAAUGAGAUUUGAAGAUUGAUGUGAGCGAUGAGUGCAGCUCGCUGUGGCGCGACAUAUGUGGAAAAUAAUAAGCAAAUACUUUUCUACAUGUUCAUCGUUAACAGUGGUUCACACGACGUGCGCGCGAGUGUGAAUGAAGAUGUGUGAAUGCAAGGAUCCAAUUAAAUUCAUUUUUGAGGACAAUGACACUGAGGUUGUACGAGGGAAACCAAAGGUCGAACAAGGACAUCAUUUAUCCGACUGGUGAAUGCACUCAGGGUGCGCAUUGAAGUGACGUUGUUUUGCGCUGGAAGUAUAGGAAAAAUAGCUCCACAGUAUCUUGAACUGGGCACGCGCGUGCAGGCGCGAGGAAGACGAUAAAAAGCAUCACGCUACUUUUUUCAGCUGAGCUUAUCACUUUAUGUGAUUUUAAUGAAGUCGUCCCUACGAAGACUGUGUCUCCAUUUCGGAAAAAAACCUUCCGCUAGUGAUAGCAUGGGAGUGCAUCACGAUGCACGGGUUUUUAUACAGUGCGUCGUUAGUGCGUAUUAUUUUUUAGGUGUCCCAGUUUGCGCUGGUAUGGAACGAAACAAAGUUUCAUGGGGCCAUUGUUGUGGUGGUUUUCAAAAGCGGUAAAUGUGGAACAAAAAUGCUAGUUUUAUAUGUUUUUAUUUUCAAUUUAAUUAAGUUUCUCCCGGCGGCCCAAGUAUGUGUUCUAUUGCGCACUGAAUUGUAUAGCGCGGUGAAGAAAAGCCGUCCCUCCGUCGAGUACAUACAGCGAGUCAGACGACGAGGCGCUGCUUUGAGUGUAAUUAAAAUUUUUUAAUUGUGCAUAAUUAAUAAUUUCCAUCAAAUUUGCACCGAGACAGUGUAGAACGCGACGAAACAAGGUAGUGAACGGCGUGCAAAGUAGUCGUGAAGCUGGAAUUUAGCACCCUCACGGUUUGCGCGAGGGGUUCAACUUGUGGAUGAAAGGCAUUAAGAAUCUACAGAGUCCAUGGACAACUGUCGGUUUUAAUCGUCCCCAAGCUGGGCCUUCUUCCAACGCUUCAAACUUCGGGCGGGAAUGGACCGCAAGAAUGGAACAAAGAUGCGACCUCCGCUGGCAGCAGCAGCAACAGCAUCGUCAACAACGCGCCGAAAACUGCCCGUCAAAACAAACGUCUCGUGCGUGAUCCAACCGCCAGCGUCCGGCCUAAACGAGACAGAAAUGAGCAAAGGCAUGUGCACGCCCAGGGCGGAAAACACGAUGCAGCCCACAUUCGCCUCCGUGCAUCGUCCCCGCCAGAUUGGUACGGUAGCAGCCAUUCGGCGGACCGGAUCACAGUCAAAGGCGUAUUCAAUACAUCACCAACAGCAACAGCAAAAAUAUGCCGGUACCGUGCACUGUCGUCCUGAUGGUGCAACUUCCAGCGUCCUCGGAACCGGAAAGAUUGACUCUCUGAAUGAGAACAAUGCUGGAAUAUUUAAUCAACCGGCUGCUGCAGUGCUGCCACUGCCUGUCCAAAUACCUGAUCCAUAUGCUAAUUCAACACCACUAUAUGGACGUCACCAGCUGUUGACUCACAAACUGCAGGUACAAUCCCAACAUCACCAGCAACAGCAGAAUCUUGAUACGUCCCUGUCACAAAAGGCUGAUUAUCUACAACAAAACAUUUCAAAGCAGAGCACGAAUCAAAGGUAUUCGCUAGCAGGGACGAAUCAAAGUAAAGUCAGUGCAGCGACUAGUCGCCUGCCAAAACAGCAGUUCUGCAAAAUGUCGCCUAAAUUGCUAAACGAAAUUUACGAAAAGCACUUGUUGAGUCAGACGGUGUUUGAUGGGUUCGAAACGGCGAACAAGCAGCUUCCAAUGUUAGACGGAACUAACAGAGAAAUCCGUCGAGUAGUCAUGACGAAACCAUCGGGAUCGAUGGGCCAUCAGCAGCAACAGCAACAGCAAAAUCAGUCCAAUAAAUUGUCCAGAGGAGACAACAGCGACAAUUUAUACGAAUUGAUUCCAAGCAAUUAUCAUAUCUACGAAAAAAUCGAUUCCAGCGCCAAGCGAGCCUCCAGGGUGGAACAGUACGUAAGACCGCCGCCUCCACUCCAGCCUCGUCCAAAGUCACUCCCAGUGGAAACCAACCUAUUUGCGAUUUCCAGCCAGCUAAAGCCUUCGACAAUUCAAAAUGUCCCUGCAAAUUAUAAGCGAAACAUGAGCCUCGUUUCGCCCUACAGACUGUCUAGCUUGGACACUCUGCGGACCACGAAAAGCCCUACCGACUCCGGUGCCAAUGGUGGCGGGCUUUCCCCGAUUGCGGAAAAACCCACCGGUGCCAGCGGAUCGGCCAUUCCCGUCUAUGGUGGUGGCCUCAGUGCCAACGGUGGACCUGCUGCUCAUAAAUUACUCAUUACUGCGGACAAGAUCAACAUCGCCCUGGAGACAGCGAAAGCACUGGCGACGGCAGCAUACAUCGAAAGGGCUGCACAACGCCUAGCUUCGGGCAGUGCGAUCCAACACCACCAGCAGCAGCAGCAACAGCAACAGCAUCAACAAAGCCAACAUUCGAGCACAAACAUGAGUGGAUCCGUCAACAUUGGAGGCGUGGGUGCGGUGGCUGAAGUCAGUGGCUUCUGUGGUGCAAUUCAUCGGACGCCACCACCCGUGCCUGCCGGAUUGUCUCGAAGGAUGGCAAACCGGGAAGUGGUCGGACUAGGCAAGGUCAAGGUAAUGCUUCGGGUUUCGGAUGACCCACCCAAAGCGGCUGCUCAGGCCGGCAGCCAGGAAGAAACACAAACUGCAACCGUACAGUCCGCGUCGGCUGGCGGUGGUGGCAGCAGCAGUUAUCUAACGGUGGACAAGAAGAAACGCCAGGUGACGCUGUGUGAAACGCAAACAAACCUCGCCAGCAGCAGUGCAGCGACGCCGGAGCGUGGCCCAAUGGUAUCAGCACCGAAAAUGUUUGCAUUCGAUGCAUUAUUUACGACCGAGGACUCCCAGCACGACAUUUGCGGGAGUGCGCUAUCGGAAGUAAUACCGGCGGUACUGGAAGGAUCGGACGGAUGUUUGCUGUCUCUAGGAUAUCCGGGAGCAGGGCAAUCACGCACCAUGUUCGGCACGUUGGCAUCGGCUCCGUCGGACCUUGGGGCCAUCCCGUGCGCCAUCGCCUGGCUGUACAAGGGAAUUAAUGAGAAACGUCAGAAAUCGGGCGCGAGAUUUUCCGUCCGCGUCAGUGCACUGGGCGUGAACGCCACCAAACCGGGCUCAUCGUCAAGGGAUUUACUGGCCGGUCAUGCGACAGAAUCAGAUGACUCACCGGGGAUGUAUUUGCGGGAUGACUUCCUUGGCCGACCGACGGAGCUGCGAGCCCCGACGGCGGAAAGGGCAGCGCUCUUCCUGGAUCUGGCUCUCGCGGGACGAGCGCAGGGCAGCAGUAACCUGGAGCCGGCACUAAUUUAUACCCUGCACGUCUACCAAUACAGCUUGUCCGGCAAACGGGGUGUGGAAGGUGGUCGCAGCCGGUUGCAUCUGAUCGAUUUGGGAGGUUGCGCCAAUCGAAGCGGAGGGCUGCCACUGUCCGGCAUCGGUAACGUUUUACUGGCGAUACUCAGCGGCCAGAAGCAUCCACCCAACAGGGAUCAUCCCCUGACGCCACUGCUGCGGGACUGUCUGGCGCCACUAACUUGUCAUGUGGCAAUUGUUGCCCAUGUGGUACACUCACAGACUCACACCGAUACUCUAACCACAAUUCAGUUGGCGUCUCGCAUCCACCGGAUGCGAAGACGAAAACCCCGUCAUCAUCUCUUUGUUGAUCGGGGCGUAGGUUUGAACGGUUCCUCCGGUCACCAAUCCGGUGGUUCCUCCGAAGGUCCCGACCCGUCAAGUUCGGACUUUUCGCAGGACACCGUAAUCUACAUGGGACCAUGCGACGAUCCCACCGACGGAGAGCAUCCUCCAGUUUAUCUGCCGAGCCUGAACUCCGGAGACAACCGUUGCGCUAUGAACAAAGCCCUGAAAGGCUCGGUCGCCGAGAAACCUACUCCGGCUGUUACAGCCUCACCCCAGAAAAAGAAAAUCUCUUCCACUUCCAAGCGUAAGAGCGAAACCUUGCCCCAUCCUAUUAGAUUGAAUUAUUUCAAUACCUAUUCUUGCCCCCUUGCAGCUCAAAUUCCUGCUCCAGCACCGAUCCCCAUACGCACCGACAGCCUGAAGCGGAAUCAAAGCUACAGCCAGCAGGCCUCCGCCGGGCCGGAGCUGGUGGCUAACGUGAUUCAAAUUGCAUCUCAGCAUGCCUCACCGAAAGUGGUUGCCGGAGCCUUCAAGCACAUCACCAACAUUAGUAAAGGUUCCAACAUUCCCACCCCCAAAGGAUCCCCUCUCAGGCGACCAAAUCCACCAGCAACAGGUUCCACCUCCGCCCGGGAAAGUCCUUCUCGGCAGGUAAGCGAAGAAAAAUGGAUCGAUGGCCCACGGAUGUCUAAAUCCAAAGUCCACGAAGCCCGUCACUUACUGAGAGAAAUCAACCACGUUAAAAACCACGAAACAUGGGUCGAUGGACCAAAAACGGCCAGUGCUACCCAGGUUUACCUUCCCCCGGGCAGCCAUGGCGGCCAAGCUUACGGUUUCAUGGAUAACCACAAAAAGUCUAUGAUUCGACAGUGGGUUGAGAAUCAGUCUAUGCAGCUCUUGCAGCAAUCAGUGUCAGCCAACAACUCACCCGCUCACAGCAGACACCAGAGCUAUAAUCUACCUAGGUUUAGGCCGAGUAAAUCGGACGAAGACGGUUUCAUACUAGAGCUGGACACCAGGCAAGAGGAACUGGUGAACCCAAUUGCUUUCCGUGGAUUUACUGCCACCAGUGGAGUGUUAAACAGUUCCGAGAGUCAUGUUCGGACGGGACUGAAGCAAGCCUACAGUCUAGACAACCCGGAAGUUCAAUCAAUGAGUCCAGUUUACGCCACGACUGCAGCUCACACCACCACCUUGAUGGCUACCACAGCGGCAGCUACCACCACCAACGCCACUGCUCCCACAGUUAACGACAAUCAUUCCGAACGAUCGCAUCCACCAUCUUCGCGUGCUAGUGAUAAACCUGCUAGCAAACACGGUGACAGCCAAGAGGAGGAAGAUCAGGAUAGCGGCCCUUCGGAAGUUCCGCCGGCGUUACCACUGAUGGAUCCUCUCGGUUCGCGGGAAAUCUCCCACGAAAGUAUUCACCGCCUGUGCUCGAGACAUGUGUCUCGCGACAACAUGAGUGUUCACAGCCACAACAGUCACAAUGCCGGCAUGAUGGAUUGUGGUCUCCAGGUUACCGAGGAUGAAAUCGCCAGAACUAUGGGAGGAGAGCAUCCGCUUAGUGCACUAAGCCAUGGUGAACUGUCAGUCGUGUCAAGUUUCAACGUUGGAGGAGACGUUUUCAGCGAUUGUGUCAUUGGUGAUAGCAUGCGAAACCAGUUCGACCAACUGGCACGACUGAGGGAGAUCUUCACAUCACAACUGGCAAUGGCCGAAGUGACGCCCGCCUUCCGACUAGGUGACGCUGGCAGCGUUUACAGUGAACCGGCAUAUCGCUUUAAUACCGGCCCGGCUAGCGUUUGCAGUGAACCCGCGUACCGUCCACCCAGCCCUCGGUGUCGAGAUUGUCGCCAAUCGCUAAACCUGUCGCGCACACCCAGCCAAAGUUCGUUGCCAAGUUUAACGGGGAUCGUUGCGAUUGCCGGUAUGGAGCAGUACGCUUCGUUACGACAUCCGGACGGCGCCUCGGAUCCCAAUUUGCCAAAGCUGGAGAAAAACACCGACCCGUUGCUCGACCCGGAGGAGCACAUUCGGGAGAACCCUCUCGCCGAACUUGAUGACCAUGAAGCCCUCAAAGGAAGCAGUUCUAUGCUGGCACAGCAAUCUCUUCCCACACUACCUCUGCUUCCACUCUCAACUCCGGAAGCGUACGACAGUGGACAUGACUCGACACCGCGUACUUCCAAGCAUUCGGGCAUCUCGAGGAGAGCGGAAAGUGGCUACCACAGCGUAGGUACAGUGCGCGAUAGUGAUGAAUCGAGUUUUGGUUCGGCGGCCUCACGAGCCAACCAAAAAUCUAAGAAACGAAAUCGUAACGACAAAUCGCUCUGCCAUUGGCUACGGAAUCCCUUUAACUGCACCUAUCCGGACACGGAAGGGGACGUCAGUGACUUCUAGGGGCACGUGUAAUGUAGUCUUGCUUGCAUACUAGCUUAAUUUGUUUUGCAUUUUUUACCGCUAAGAAAGAGUAUAUUCUAUGCACUCGGUUAAUUUCUAAGCUAGCGUUGUCUGUUAUACCUAAAAAAAAAAAGGAAAGAACAAAAUACUAACCUAGGAAUUUGUCUAGCGAGCACCUCCCGGAAGACAAUAAACUGAAUCGCAAAGUUGGCAAACGACACAAUCGGUAGAAUGUUCUAGUUCUCCUUGAAAUAGUAGAAUCAUAGUCCUAAAGCUCUUUCCGCAUCCGCAUUGCGCCGCAUUACCUGUUUUCCACGAUGUAGGAGUACUGCUUAGGUUGGGAAUCGAUGGUGCAUCUACUUACUAUUUGUACAGUAAACAAUUUUAUAGGCUAUCAGUGUGUGCUGUCGAUUAGAUUCAACCCGUUUGAGGGAAGGGAAAGUACUCUUCAAUACUGUCCAUCGGGCCAUCGUUGCUUCUGUUUAUCUGAUUGUACUGCUAUGCAAAUUAAAUGUAUAUUCCAUUCCGUAUUCCCCUUGUUAUCUAACUAAUUACUCGAACUAAUGCAGUUCAAUUUUUUAUCGCGUGCCGCGGUUAAACCUCUCCUGAUGUGCUGAUACUAAAUUACGGUUUAGAGAAGUUUACAAAAAAAAACGUUUUAUAAAGGUUUACCAAUUCUUCUGAAUAUUAUGUAUAUCCUUAAAAUAUCGUUAAUUAUACGUGAUUUUUGGGCUUUAUGUGAAAUUACACGCUAUCGGAUUGGGAAAUUGGAAGAAAGUUGAUCAUUGUUGCUUAAAUUUUUUCGGAAAGUAUCACUAUACCAGUUCUUAGUCACAAGCCAUUCGAAAUGCUUCAUUAGGGCGGUCAGUUUUCAAUUCAAAAUUGUUCAUCCAAACCAAACCUAUGUGGGAACAACGAUAUCAUUCAAGUGCAGAACAGAAAGAAAUUUUAAUUAUCAUCAAUAGAAAUCUAAAUCUACCAACCGACGGGGUUUCCUGGCAGCAGAACCUUUCCCAGAUAUUUGCCACGUUCAGCAGAGCAUAAAUAUGUAUAAUGAAAUUAUUUGAAUGAAAAUCGAUUAGCAAAAUAAUUGCCCUGAUUUACACAUUGCAAUAAACUGGAAAAUAUCAAUCCGUUUAGUAUUUCCCGCCGCGUACCCACAUUUCCAGCAAAAAAAAACCAACACCGCAAGCGCAAACUACUGGCUGGCCUCUCCAAAACAGGCCCAGUGCCGAUAAUUAAUCAGUUAAUCAUCGACGGCGUCCCGUGGAGCAUCAUUUACCAAUAAAUGGAAAUCAUGUUCGAUUUUUCAGUCCAACCGGAGCCUGUUCGUGGUAAAAUCAAACAGCAGCAGUGCAAUAAAGCCACAGUUUUAAUAGAGUUGAAAAAUCAUCAGUCCCGCGAAAGGACCAAUUGUUUUCGAUUACCACUGCCGGAGGCGAUUAACGAGAGAACGAAAAAAAUAAAUAAAUUUGUUUUAUUUUUAAAAAAUAUAUACAAAACACACUCAGACACACACACACAUACGUACCGAGAGUGAAGGAUUUAAGCGCGGUAACGAACGUCAUAAUCGAUCGGCACAUCGGAACCACCACCCCAUUUCGCUUCUCGAUCGAAUUUUUUAAACUAUACAAAGAGAGGACCUAGAGUAAAAAAAAGCUUUUAUCGAAAUCGACUAUACAUAAGGUAAUGUGUAUCGAAACAGAAUGUGGUGGAACGGAGAAAUAAAAAUUAAGCCAGAAACAAACCAACGCAAACCAAGUAACAGAAACAACAAUAGCAUCGUAAUCGGUGAACAUUGUGCUACCAAUCAAUAUAUACCAUUGUAGGAUGGAAUUAUUAUUAUACAUAUGAAAUAUUAUUAUUGCUAUUAUAUUAUACAAUAUUAUUAGAGAAAUGGGAAGAAUGGUCAUUGGAAUAAAACGAGAAAAUAAUUUUAUAUGAA